UAAAAAUCUGAAAAAUUAAAUUCGAUCUUAAAGGUACUCUUAUUUCUUGUUAGAUGGCGACUAUGAAAAAAAAUCUCCAAUUUUCUUAACUUAACCUUGACCUCUAGUGUAGUUAAAUUUUGCGCGCCAACGACUGGAGCGUCAUCUAACCUGAGGUCAGGCAAUUACGCUGGUCAUCAACUAAAGUUGCAGCGUCUCAAGUUCGGAGUCUUAUUUUCACGUUAUUGUUUUAGUAUUUAUUAUUAUUACUAUUUUUAAAUUAACAGUUUUUUCAAAAUUGUCCACAAAAUGGAUUCUGAUUCUGAAAGAAAGAUCAAUAUUAAAACUGAACCUACUGAUGAAGAAGUUCCAGAAGGCUCAUCUGAAUUUUUUGCUGCAAUCAAAGCUCAUCCAGACGCAGAGUAUUUAGUUUUAGCUAAAACUCCUGAUUGGCUUUGUAAAAAGUAUAAAAUUAAUCAAGAGGACACAAUCACGAGAAUAGUUGGUCAUAUUCCAGCCACAGCUGAUAGCGAGCCGGAGUACAUUAUCAAAACGGUUGGUAGAGUAUUGAUUGAUAGUGUGACUGUAAAAAUGGUGCUGGACUCGAGGUUAUCAGAAGUUAAAAUCAAAGAAAUUGUUAAAGGGAAAGAUACUCUUGUUCAAAGAUUCUUGCUCGGUGGGCCCAAUCCGAGUACACCAUUAGUACUUUCAAAAGCGAGCAGAACAAGGAUGGAAAUAUUAAGAAACAUGGAAGAAGAGAAAGAAAGAAACACGACGGGAAGAAGAAUUACAGAUUCUGAUAGAAAGAUCAAUAUUAAAACUGAACCUACUGAUGAAGAAUUUCCAGAAGACUUAUCUGAAUUUAUUGGUGCAAGAAAAGCUCAUCCCAACGUGGGACGUGUAGUAAAAACUCCUGAUUGGUUUUGUAAAAAGAUUGGAAUGGCUCAAAGGGACACACUCACAAGAAUUAUUGGUUAUGUUCCAGCCACAGCUGAUCAUGGGCCCCUGUAUCGUCUCAGUACGAUUGGUAGAGUCCUGGUUGAUGAUGAGGCUGUCAAAAUGGUGAAGGAUUCGUUUCCAGGAACGCAAGAUUCUGAAAAGGAUCCUCUUUUGCAAAGAUUCUUGCUUGAUGGGCCUGAGCCGAGUGCACGAUUAGUACUUGGCCCAUCGGGAAGAUUAAUGAUAGAAACGGAAGGGAUGCAAAGAGAGAAAGAAAGAAAAUCGAUGAAACGAAGAAUCAUGACAAGAAAAACAACCGAAAGAGAAGAUAAGAAAGGAGAAAUUAUGGAAAGCAAAAGAGUGAGAACAGAAAUGACCGAAAGAGAAAGAAUGGAAAGAAAAAGAAUUGAAAUAGAAAAGAUGGAAAGAAGAAAGACGGAAUGUCUUAGUUUUGCAUUCCAAUGUACCUAUUGUGGUCAUCAAUCGAACCGAUUAACCAGCUUGAAGGAUCAUGUUCUUGGAACAAGAACCAAGAUUGAUAGAAGCCGAUGUCUCCAAAUUGAUUGUAUUAACCGAUUGAUUCAAGAUGGAUUGCUCGAGAAAUACGAGCAAGAUGCAAUUCCAGUCACCUGUCCGCCUCCUAAAAAGCAACCCUGGGCAAAGAUUGCCUGUAAAGACUCAAAGUUGAUUGAUUCUGAGGGAAAAUUUGCUAUUCCCGAAGAUAUAGCUAAAGAAUGGCUAAAAUUUUUCAAAGAAAUGCCAACAUGACAAAUUUCAUUUUACGCUUUUAGACUAAUCUUUUCAUUUGUUAAUGAAAAGCAAAAUGUUU